UUGACCCCAACCCCCCCUGCCCCCCUUUGCAGACACUGGCUGGCCUCGGCCUACCCCCCGUUUGCGGUGCCGUACUUCGUGUACGACGUGUACGCCAUGUUCCUCUGCCACCGCCACCGCCGCCGCCUCAAAGGCCACGAAGACCACCCGGGACCCUCCGCCGCCGUCGUCGCCUUCCUGCGCCGGGAGCUCCUCAUGGUGCUGCACCACGCAGCCAUGGUGCUCGUCUGCUUCCCCGUGGCCACGCUGUGGCGUCAGGGAAAGGGCGAUUUCUUCCUGGGCUGUUUGCUGAUGGCGGAGCUCAGCACUCCAUUCGUCUGCCUGGGAAAGGUCCUCAUCAUGUACGGCCUGCAGCACACGGCCCUCCACAAGCUCAAUGGGGCCGCCACUCUGCUGACCUUUUUGGGGUGCCGCGUCCUCCUCUUCCCGUACCUCUACUGGGCCUACGGGCGCCAUAUCGGGGUCCCCCUUUUUAGGGUCCCCUCCGUCCUCCCCCCCGCCUACAAUAUGGCCGCCGCCGCCCUCCUGGCCCCACAGCUCUAUUGGUUCGGCCUCCUGUGCAGGGGGGCUUGGCGUCUCUUCCGACCCCAACCCCCCCGGCCCCCCUGAGCCCCCUUCCCCCCAACCCUAUACUGAUGGAUGGGGUAUUUAUUGGGGUCCUGGGGGGGUAUUUAUUGGGGUGCUGGGGGUCUAUGGGGCAGAAUGAGGGCACUAUGGGGUCCCUAUGGGGGUCC